GUUGGGUCAGGAAGUCGGGCUUUGUGGCCAUAGCUCACUGUUUUAGUAAACACGAUGGAGCGGGGCGCUUAUGGUCAUCGGUACGCGAACUGUCGGGCUCCGGCUACUACCAGAUCGGCACGCCUUCCUCCGUGCAGGCAUUUUCUAAAUGGGUCUUGCCCAUUUGGUCAAAACUGUCGCCAUUCUCAUGAGCUUCCAGCAUGGAAGUCCUCUCAGGUUUGCAGAUAUUUCCAGAGAGGGGGAUGCUGGUUUGGUGACCGCUGCAGAUAUGAACAUGUCCUCCAAACUGAUGGAAGUUUUCUGGAUAGCAGACGACGGUCUGCACCUGUUAUCCACCCUGUUUUGAGUGGAGAAGCAGCAGAGACCCGUCGUGGCUCAGAGCCAUCCAUUCAGCAAGUACAUGGUACCUAUGCUGGGAGUCGCCGUGUGUCCGAACCUGCUGUUGCAAGCCUGCAGAGAAACUUUGAGCGCUUAAGCACAGAAUAUGAAGAGCCUACAGUGGCUGAGUUUGUCCCAAGGAUACAGCAGCCAAAACUGGAAAUUCUGAGUGCUCGGUCAACACUGCAGGUCCAGAACGGAACUUCCCAAUGCCACACCCGGGCAAAAUCCACAUCUGCCCAUGUGCCUUAUAAUCCUGUUGGGAACAUCACAGAGGAGAAUGAAGAUUUGAAUGGCUUGCAUGCUUCUAAGCAGGGAGAAAACGUUGAUACCGCUGGGUCCCAGUGCAGAACACAGAAUGUAGGUGUGACAGCAGCAGAAGCUUAUGAGAGGAGUAAAGAUGUGACCUGUGGCAUUUGUAUGGAUAAAGUUUAUGAAAAACCUGCACCUGAUGACCGUUGCUUUGGCAUUCUUCCCAACUGUAAUCAUGCCUUCUGUCUGAGCUGUAUUGUCACAUGGAGAAAGACCAAGGACUUCCAGGCUGAAGUCAUAAAGUCCUGUCCUCAGUGUCGCGUGAAGUCUACUUACUACAUUCCAUACAAGUACUGGGUCAGUGAUCCAGUCCAGAAGCAAAAUCUGAUAAGCAAUUUCAAGGAGAGGUCUGGGAAAAUAAAAUGCAAGUUUUUCACUCGCCAUGGUUGCUGUCCUUUUAAGUCAGAGUGCAUAUAUCUACAUGAGAUGCCCCAGGGUCACAGGCGCAGGCGGAGGCGAAGAUCUGCAACCCAGGCCCGGCGACUGAGCUCCGAUGAUUCCGACAGUGAGGGUUUCAACAUUUUGCAGUAUGCCAUUGCACUUGCUCUAUUACAUGAGGUUGAUGAUGACCUUCUGGAGGACUAUUUCCAUCGGCGUUAUUUUCAACUGUUUCUUGAUGAUGACUUUGAUUCAGACUGAGCCUAUAAUAUAUCUAAGCAGUGACCUCCACUGCCAUUUCUGAAGUGAUGGCAAGUUGUAAGUUGCACAAUGCUAAUGCCUAGUUGUAUUAGGGGAUUGGGGUGCAAAUGUUAAGUGUUGUGUGGUCUUGUGGAGUUUGAUGCAGUUUGUGCCUUGCUGAUUCUUCCUCCUAGCCUGUCUCUACCUCAGUGUGUGUUUUUUCUCUCCCCCCUCUAAAUCUAGAAUCCUCUAAAUCUUGGCCCACUUCUGUGCUGCACAUCUGUUUCACAGUAAUUUGGUAAUUUUCUCCUUGUAAUAAAUAUGAAUUAUGUUUUUUAAGACUUGCCCUUUUUGGGUUUUUAAUUUGAUUACCCUUUGUGUGGGUAUAGUUUGUGGUUUAAAAAAAAAAAAAAA